UUCGCUCCUUCCAUUGAUCUCCCCUUGUUAUCGUUAGAGACUUUUCAUUCUUUUCUCCUUUCUCUCUUUUCGCAUGGCUUCCUUCUCCCUCCCACACUAACCGUAACUAACUUUAUUCCUCGAUACAAACGCACUUUUCAUAACCGUCAACCCAACCAACUGAAAAUGACAACCGCAAGAUCCAUCAUCCCACUCCUCAACCGCCUCAUCUCCAGAUCUCAACCGUCCAGAUCCGUAACCUACAUGCACCGUCCCGGCGAUGGCGCCCCUCGCCCGGUAACCCUCAUACCUGGCGACGGCGUCGGGCCUCUGGUCACCAACGCCGUGGAACAGGUCAUGGAGGCCAUGCACGCUCCGGUGUACUUCGAGAAAUUCGAAGUGCACGGAACCAUGAAGAAGUUUCCAGAAGAGGUUCUGGAUUCGAUUCGAAAGAACAAGGUGUGCAUCAAGGGAGGUCUGGCCACGCCGAUGGGCGGUGGCGUGAACUCCCUGAACGUGUAUCUAAGGAAGGAGCUUGAUCUGUACGCUUCGUUGGUGAAUUGCUUCAAUAUGAGAGGAUUGCCGACGAGGCAUGAAAAUGUGGACAUUGUUGUGAUUAGAGAGAACACUGAAGGUGAAUACGCUGGCCUUGAGCAUGAGGUUGUGCCUGGUGUUGUUGAAAGUCUUAAGGUGAUAACGAAGUUCUGUUCGGAGAGAAUAGCAUCAUAUGCAUUCGAGUAUGCGUAUCUGAACAACAGAAAGAAGGUGACAGCGGUGCACAAAGCAAACAUAAUGAAGCUAGCAGAUGGUCUGUUCUUGGAAGCAUGCAGAGAGGUUGCACAAAAGUAUCCUGCAAUCCAAUACAAUGAAAUCAUUGUUGAUAAUUGUUGCAUGCAGCUUGUUUCAAAGCCUGAGCAGUUUGAUGUCAUGGUGACUCCUAAUCUUUAUGGAAAUCUAGUUGCAAAUACUGCAGCAGGCAUUUGUGGAGGCACAGGAGUCAUGCCUGGAGGUAAUGUUGGUGCUGAGCAUGCUGUGUUUGAGCAAGGAGCUUCAGCUGGAAAUGUUGGAAAGGAUUCGAUUGUUGCACAAAAAACAGCAAACCCAGUUGCACUUCUUCUCUCUUCUGCAAUGAUGCUUAGGCAUCUUCAGUUUCCUGCAUUUGCUGACAGAUUAGAAACUGCUGUUCAAAAAGUCAUUCUUCAAGCCAAAGUCAGAACAAAGGAUCUUGGAGGAUCAAGUACCACCCAAGAGGUUGUUGAUGCAGUAAUAGAUGCUUUAGAUUAAUUCUAAAAUUAUUUCCUUUUUUUUUUUACCAAAAAUGGUGUUAGCCUCAAAUUUUUUAAAAUAAAUGUCGUUUUCAUUUUUUUAUUACGUUGAAAAUUUAAUCCAAUUUUUGAAGUAAUUGAAUAUUUUUCAACGUAAAAAAAACGACAUUUAUUUUUAAGGUGAAAAAAUAUAAUAGUUUUUUGUUUCUUACUAAUUCUUUUUAUCUACAUUAUUUUUUUUGUCACCCCACAAAAUUGAAGAUAGCAAAUUUUGAUCCCUACAAUAAAAAUGUUUAUGCAAAUGCAACACAGAGAGUCAGAAAAUGAUGUAUUG